UGUAAUAUUUACUUCACUUGACACAAACUCAUAACCUCAAAUUACAGAAAUGAAAGUUCACAUGACAACCCCUCACCCACGCGCCGCCUUCCCUCUCCCACUCGCGCCUCCCCACACGCUCCUUCACUCCAAAACUGCAUCAACGUCUUCUUCAUGGAGAAUCAGGGUCUCCAACGGCAGCGAAUCGUAUCUCGACAUGUGGCGAAAGGCGGUGGAGCGGGAGAGACUGGCCAUAAAGUUCAACCACAUCAAAACGGCGUCGGAUGCGGAUGAACAGACGCAGCCGGAUGAGGAGGUGUUGGAGAAGAAGAGCAGUGAGUUCGAGAAGCUUCUAGAGGUUUCUAGUGAGGAGAGAGAUAGGGUGCAGAGAAUGCAGGUGAUUGAUCGGGCUGCCGCGGCUAUUGCGGCUGCUCGGGCUUUACUCAAGGACAAUUCUCCACACAAGACGACGUCGUAUGGGACUAAUGAUUUGGAGGAUGGGAGUGAGGAUCCAAUUGGGGAUGAUCCGGGAGGUGACCAGAACACAGGCACAUUCUUCUCUUCGGGAAAUGAUGAAAACAGAACGCCAGGUCCAACUUUCUGGUCCUGGAUACCUCCAGCUGAUGAAGAUAGGACUUCUGAUGAUGAAGGUGAUUUGAAGUUGGGUAUGAAAUCUUCUUCAUCUACUAGUCAGGCUAGGCCUGUAAUGGAGUUGGAAAGAAGUGCUGAUAUUCUGUCAAUCCCAUUUGAAAGUAAACACGAAAACGAACACAACCCUCCCCUUCCUCCUCUUCAGUCACUUAUGGAGGUUGAAAAGGUAGAAUUUUCUAGCUCAACGCCGGAGACACCUCACUUGGAAGAGGAACGUGAACUGGGUGUUUUCUUUUCAGUACAUGCAGCUGAAGCAGCUAAGGCUCUUCAUAAGGUGGAUGAUAAAUCACCCCAUGGAAUUUAUCCAGAUGGAUCAAGGUGGUGGAAAGAGACAGGUACUGAGGUAAGACCUGACGGGGUUGUCUGCAGGUGGACGCUGACUAGGGGAGUCAGUGCUGAUAAAGCUGUUGAAUGGGAAGAGAAAUAUUGGGAGGCUGCUGAUGAUUUUGAUUAUAAAGAACUUGGGUCAGAGAAAUCAGGGCGCGAUUCUUCUGGAAAUGUUUGGCGUGAAUUCUGGAAAGAGACCAUGUACAAGAAAGAUGGAUCUGUGCAUCUUGAGAAAACUGCCGACAAAUGGGGAAAGAAUGGUGAAGGGAAUGAAUGGCAAGAGAAAUGGUCUGAAUUUUAUGGUCCCGCUGGAUUAACAGAUAAAUGGGCCCAUAAGUGGUGCAGCAUUGACCCAAACACACCACUUGAGGCUGGCCAUGCUCAUGUUUGGCAUGAAAGGUGGGGGGAGCGAUAUGAUGGACAAGGGGGUAGCAUAAAGUACACAGACAAAUGGGCUGAAAGAUCCGAGGGAGAUGGCUGGACAAAGUGGGGUGACAAAUGGGAUGAACACUUUGAUCCAAACGGCCAUGGAGUGAAACAGGGAGAGACGUGGUGGGAGGGGAAGUAUGGUGAACGCUGGAACCGGACUUGGGGUGAAGGCCAUAAUGGCUCUGGAUGGGUACACAAGUAUGGUAAGAGUAGUAGUGGCGAACACUGGGACACUCACGAGCAGCAAGACACAUGGUAUGAAAGAUACCCACAUUAUGGAUUCUACCAUUGCUUUGAGAAUGCUGUUCAGCUUCGCCAAGUGAGGAAGCCAUCUGACUUGCCGUAAGAUGUCGUUGCUUGCAUGUCCUAGUUAGUGGAUCCAUCAUAUGAAAUAAUGCACUAGUUGUAUUCUACAUUAUAGAAGUAUAUAUACACAGGGAAGGGAAUUGCUGGAAUGAAAUGCCAUUGUUCAAGAGUAUAGGAGUAGAAUGCAGCUUUGCAUCUCUUUACAUGUGUAAUAUUACUUGCAUAAUGGUGUUUAUAUCAAAUAAAAAAAUUAUAUAUUCAAAACAA